UCUGACAACGGAGUUGUGUAAAGAGAAAAGCAAAGUGAGGAUUUUUUCACGCCAUCGAAUUCCGCAACGGACAGUGGAAAGUUUUUACUUUGACCCGUUCGAAGUGCUCGGUUGACAUCAAAAGUGGCUUUAUAGUGCACGCGGUGUAACCCCACACCCUCGAAGAUAGUUCAUGAGUGAAAUAAUCUUUGAUUUCGGUUUAAAAUUUGGAGUAAAAGUUGUAAAUUUUGCAUGUGAAGCAUUUUUUUUUCUUGUCGCUUGAAAGAACAGGCGCCGUUGAGAUAAUGUAGUGGUGUUGCCAUUCAUCAAACGCAUCGCUCGUAUUGCUGUGUUCGUAUCGUUGCCGCUAGACUGUUGACAGCCAAGUGUCAGCGCAGAGUGGCUGACAAAGCGAAUGCAAUGAAGUGACGCGCUUUUACCCACGAUUAGGUUUCCAGAAUGGGAAAGCUCGGAUUGGGAAUUUUGUCGCUCAUAAUCGACAGAAGUAAACUUAUAGUAAUUUAAAAACUCUAUAAUCUGUAUAGAUCGAAUCUAAUAAUAAAUGUGCCGUGAGAUUGCCGCUAGUUUUGCAAGUGAAAUUGAAUGUGUAUUUUAAUUAAUGAUUGGGUGGUGAAAAGUGUGCAGUGAAUGGGCCAUUUCGAGCAUAUAAGGAACAGAAUAAUAUAACAAUAAAACAUCGAUUUUGUGUAAGACAUUCGCUGACAAGAUGGCAUAUUAUCAAAUAGUGCCAACUGACGACCUGAAAAACCUGUACACCCAGCUAAACAUUGAGAAUGGUGGUAUACAACUUGUGAUGGGAGAUGAUGUCCAGUUUGGCUCACAGCAGGUGAUACUGACACCGGAGCAAUCCGAUUUAAUACUAAACGAAAACAAUCAGCAUCAGCUGCCACAGAUUGUGUACCAGGCACAACCUCAGCAGACGCAGCCUCCGCAGGCUCAGCCAUCACGACCACAACAACAACAAUCACAUGAAACUCACUAUUUGAUACAGCAAGAUGAUGGGGCAUUAACUGAGGCGUUCGGGCAGUCCAGUCAAGCCCAACACAUCUAUUACUCGGAAGUUCAAAAUGACAACUCGCAGAUGAUUUCGUCUAAUAUUGUUCACGAACAACCGCAGCAAACGACACUGCAUACAAUGCAAACUGCGGCCGAGCAGAUGCAGCAACAACAACAACAACAGCAGCAACAACACCAAGUAUUGCAAGUUGUUCAUGGUGUUCCCCGCCCGGGUCAACAAAUAAUUUUGAGGCAACAACCCUCCGAAGCGGCCAAGCAACAGUCACAGCAGCAACAAAUUUCAAUUCAGCAAUCGCCACAACACAUUCUUACUCACCAACAGCCGACACAAGUUAUUUUACAGCAUCAGUCUGGACAUCAAAUAGUUCAUCGUCAGCCGCAGCAGCAAACUCAACAUCAAAUAAUUUACGAACAUGUCCAGCCGCAAGGACACACGGUACAGCAAAAUAUUCAACUAGCGCCACAAUUGAUCCAUCAAACAAACGCCUCCCAACAGGUCACGCAAAUACAGCAGGCUCAACAACCAACCCAACGCGUUAGCAUUCAAAAACUUACACCACAACAGCAUCAACAAUUUCUACAACAGCAACUUCAUCAUCAACAACAACAACAACUCUCGCAACAGCAGGUAAUCCAACAGCCAGCUCAAAUGUUGCAACAACAAUCCGGCAUUCGUCCCUGUUUAAUCAUAACCAAACCACAGAAUCCACAGGUGCAACAAAAUACCGUAUCCGUUGCCCAACAACAACAACAACAACAGCAGCAAGUUCAACAACCUCAAGCCUCACAAAAUGCUGCCCGUCCUCGUAAUUAUCGUCCUCGUCCUAAAAAUAAUACCCCACGUCCGCGUGUUAAUGUUCCCGUUACAUCCAUAGCAUCAAAUCAACUGGUUCGCCCUAUAAGACCUCCGAAUCAGGCUUCGAAGAUAGCUCAGCCGCCGGCCCCUCGUCAAUCAGGUGUGGCCCAACAGCAACAGUCGCAGGCUCAACUUCAGCAGCAACAACAGCAGCAGCAAACUGUUUCGGGUCCCCCGCGUGCCAACAUCAUACUGACCAGUACUGGUCAAAAGAUCGUCACCCUUACUAACCGUGCUCCCCAUCUUGUGCCGACAACUUAUGCCGCUGCAAAAGGACCUUCCGUCAAACGAGUCAUCUCGGCAUCGACCGCUUCGCAGCCGCCUCAAUUGACGCAGGUUCCUCAGGCACAACAGCAACAACAACUUUCAUCGGAUAGUUCCUCCCAGCAGCAACAGUCAACUUCACAGCAGAAUCAAAAACCCGCUAGUUAUAGUAAUGAUUUGGAAGACCUCGAGGACAGCAUCCAAGCGGCGGUUGUUGCAAAAGCUCCACCGAACUCCGCAGCGACAGGCUCUCCACAAUCUACAACCAUAGACCAAUCAGGGAUGUACCAACUAUCUCCCGGAUCAUCAAUGCCACAGCCGCAACAACAACCACCGCAGCCACCACCGCCUCAAGUAAUACAGCAACCACAACAAGUAAUUCAGCAACAGCCUUCGCAAUCCCAACAACAGCCAGCUUCGUUUUUAGAGGACACUAACAGCAUUAUUCAACUAGGAAAUGGUCAAACCAUGACUGCUGCCCAGUUUCGUUCCUUUCAAGAAAAGCAACAAAUGCGCCAGCAGGAAAAUUUACGCGGUGGCUUCAGUCAACGUGGUCGUGGUGUUAUGACUGCCCGUGGAAUGGUAAUCCGGAAGACUUUGCCGCUUAAUCGCCAACAACUAGCUCUUCAACAACAACAGCAGCCGAAUGCGCAGAUGCAACUCACGCCACAGCAGCACCACCUUAUUCAACAACAGCAGCAGCAGCAACAACAACAACAACAGCAACAGAUGGCUCAAGCGCAACAACCACCCCCACCACCACCACCACCAGAACCGGAACCUCGAGAAAGCGCAAAAAUGUUGGUUAUUCUGCAGAGUGGCGAACAGCGAUUGAUUACCUUUACCUUGCCGAAAGAGAGCUGCACCGUGCAGGAACUGCUGGAACAAGUUGGUGUGCAGUUCUCACCGGAUAGUAACAUUCAGUGUAUUUCAAAUCCUGGCGGGGAUAUUGAUUACAUCGUGACCGUUGGUGUUACCAUGCAAGAAACCAACGAGUAUCUCAAGGCAGCCGAGAAUACGAUUAAAAGUCAGCAGCAACAACAGUUACAGCAGCAGCAAGCGCAGAUAGCUCAGCAACAACAAAUGGUCCAACAACAACAAAUGGUACAGCAGCAGCAACAACAGCCGCAGCAUCAACAACCGAUGCACCAACCGCAACCCAUCCUUCAUCAAUCUCCCAUGAGUGUGCCGCAGCAACAAUUGCAGCAGACGCCUUCCAUUCAUCAGCAAUCUCGUUUCAAUGAUUCAUUCCGGGCUACAAUGACUCCCUCAACUCCCGUUCCGCAUGUGCAAACACCGCAACAUUCCGUGUCCAUCACCGAGACAUCAAAAUCGACGCUAGAUCAAUCCGACUUUAAGAAGGAGCCACCGGCAAAAAUCGUGAAAGGUUUCCUGGCUGUGUGUCAAACUUGCGGCUAUACCGGCCUUGACCACGCCAAGUGUCAACGAUGUAAACGCAUUUUCACAGAGGCACCUCGAAAAGUGCCAGAGCCGGAUAAACCGAUAGCAUCGCCGCAUCCACCUCCACUGGUUCCGACGGCGGCGUCAACGCCCCUCCACACCAAGGUUCUCAUUACGAACGAUAAACCUGGCCCUGUAAGUGUGGAACGAGAUCCAACUGUUGGAGUGAAAGGGAUAACUCUACAGAAAAAGCCAUCACAGACAUCGCUAGGGGGCAUGCUAUCCGUUCGUGGUAUGAGUAGGGGAUCUACUGCUGCCAAUCGCGGUGGUCGUGGUGGCCGAGGAAAGGGAGCAGGCUCCAAAUAUCAGGAUGUCGAACCAGUCGUCUUUACACUCAGCAGCGAUGAUGAAGAUCAUGAGCAUGGUGACAAGUCCAAAAAUGAAAGCAAGUCUGUGCCGACAAGCGGCCCAAUGAAGGUGCCUGUUCCAACGAAUGUUGAAAUGCGAGAACCUCUUAAGUGCGAACCAAUAAUAGGAGAAACUGACGGAAUUGAGGACUUAACUCGGAUUGAUGUAACCGAUAUCAAAAAUAGGCCGGAUGGUCUCAUCACGCAUUUGGAGUGCCGUACUAUUCGCAUCGGAACGUUGAAGUACGACACGUCUGAAAAGGUAACAAUAUCUUCGCGAGGUGUGCGUAUCAUAGCGCCAAAUGUGAAGCGACCGAAUGAAAACUGUAUAUUGGAUCUACAGUUGCACGAGAUUGUAAAGGCGAUAGUUCAUUUUUCGAAAGCGUUAAAUGUGAUGUUUUUAUACGCGCUCCCUUCAUGCGGCGUUUACAUCCGCGAGAGCUUAGAAAUGGGACAAGCGGAUGAAAAUCAACCGUACUUCAAUCCGGUUAGUCGUGUGGAUGACAGCCACAGGCGAAUUGCUCUAGUGAUGGACCGAAUCACGGAAGAAUCGAAAUCGAUCGUGAAGAGUAUAUUGUUGGCAGAUAAACUUGAGGAGAUAUCCGCUCGGGACGCUAACGAGCUUCUAUUGCGCUCUUGUAACGGUAAUAAGGGCUCGGAGAACAGUCCAAACAACACCACAAGCGGGAACUCCGCCGACCUGGCAGAGAUUCGAAAAAUUCUUAUAUAUCCCCAAGGCAAGGGUGGAAUCUCGAUCAAUACGGAAGACUACAUGUGUCUAGCCAUAGACCAGUAUUUGAAUGAUAUCAUAAUCGAUUUUUAUCUGAACUAUCUCAAGUUAGAGUUACUGAAAGACGAGGAACGGAGAAGUGUCCAUAUAUUCAGUACAUUCUUUUACAAACGGCUAACUACGAUUGGUACGCGGCAUCGGGGUCACGACAAGGAUCAGAAACUGACUGCAUCGCAGAAGCGACACGCUCGUGUUGCUAGUUGGACAAAAAAGGAAAACAUUUUCGAGAAGGAGUUUGUUGUUAUUCCCAUCAAUGAGCAGUCCCAUUGGUUUCUAGCCAUCAUAUGCUUCCCCGGACUUGAUAUGCCAGUUUCGAUUAAUAGUAAUACGCCAACACCAAUCAAGCGAAAAAGAGUUGUACAGAAGAACAAAAACAUCACAUUGCAAAUUGGGAAUACUACAAUUACACCGGUAUCAAAACGCGAUUUGGAGGCGAUCAAUAUCGGCGAUGAUGACAUGAGCGAACGAGAUGAGGCAGAAGGCGAUGACAGCGAACUGGCUAGUGAUAUGGAAGAAACGGACGAGGAACCUAACGAUGGAAAGCAACCAGUGAGACAGCCUAUCAUUCUGAUUUUCGAUUCGUUGACUGGAGCAUCGCGGAGUCGAGUUGUUGCUACGCUGAGAGACUACUUGACCUGUGAGUACAAGAGCAAGAUGCCCAACAAACCGCCAAAAGUAUUCAACAAAAACAACAUGCCCGGUCAUUGUGUGAAGGUGCCGCAGCAAAACAACUUUACUGAUUGUGGACUCUAUCUGCUGCAAUACGUUGAACAUUUCUUCCUGGAUCCUAUCAAAGAUUACCGUAUACCGAUCAAACUACAAGAUUGGUUUGACACAAUCACUGUGACGAAAAAACGUGAAGAUAUUUCAAAUCUUUUGAAAGAACUUAUUAAAAAGCACAAUCCCAGUGUGUUGCCGCUUCCGGACAUCAAGUUUCCUACGUUGAAUGGUAAGCUGAUUAUAGACCCCGAUGACAGCUUCAAUGAUGCUGAGUUCGAGGAGGAGGAAAUGGAAGAUGAAGAGUACUUGCCCGGAGCGGAAUCGUCGGGCAACGAGCGUUUGGUAGAGGAAGAAUCUAGCAAAGUAGUGUCAACUGUUGUACAGAAAAAAACGAUAAAGCUGAAACGUUUUAACUCAUCGGGGGCACAAAUCCCAACGGUGGCGUCGGUGACUUCUGGCAACGCGGCCGUUCCCACCGGACAGUCUCUACUUGCAGCAUCCCAGAAACGACCGCUGGACAGCAGUGGUAGCAAAACGAGCCAAGACUGUAGUAUAAGGCCCAAGGCACCUAAGAUCAGUGAUAGCCCUACUAAAAUAGUUACUACCCAAAAUUAGAGAGUGCUGUGCGUGAAAUUCUUGCAAUGGUUCCGCUAAUGAUGAAAGUUGAAGCAGGUCUGGCAACGUGAGUGAUGUUAAUAAUUGUAAAAUGAAUCUGAGAACAAGCUGGCUGCGAACUAUUCCUACACGCAUGAUAAUUCUUUCCUGUUUAGACGAUAUUUUAAGGUAAAAGUAUAGGUAAAACAUUAAUGAGCAAUGAGCAAGAAUAAACACAUUCUUCGUGUUAUGUUCGAGUUCAAGUGACAAAAUGAUUAGAUUCAACCUUUGUUUAGCUAGAUGUGUAUUUUUUUUACUCAGAAAUACAGUACGAAACAAACGUAAAAUUCGGAUCUAUGUAUUGACAUGUCAUUGAUAUCGUUAAAGUUUAUUGACCUUUCUUUACGUCUUCCCAUGUAUGAACAAAUUUCGCUGUUUGUUUACUUUGCGCAGAUUCUCAGACAGCUUGGCGACAGCAAAGAAAACAAUCAUCCAUAACCUCAUUUCAAUAAGAAAUUUUAACCUCCAAAUCUUAGUUCCAGUAUUUUCUCACAGAGGUCAGGAUCAGUCAGCUUUUUCUAGGUUACGUACAUCAUGUAUCGCCGUAAAUGGUGUUGAAGUUACUCCUAAUUCACAUAUACAUGGCAUGUAUUUAUAGUAAUUUCUAUCAUUCAUUGAUCCAUUUCUUUCAAUACAUGGACUAAAUACAACCUAACCUAAAAAGGUUAGGUGCUAUAAUACUGUAAAGAUAAAUCCUGGCGGAUCCGUAUCAAUAAGCUUAUCAAUAACUAUAAUAAACGCAUUCAACUGUU